GGAAGGGAGGAAAGAAGGAAGGGAGGCGGGUAGGCGCUGCAGCGCUCUCCCGGAGUGGGAUCCUUGCGAAGAAGUGGCCGCCGCCGCCGCCGCCGCGAUGUCUUCUUCUUCGACGACGUCGUCGUCUUCUUCCUCUUGUUCGCCGCCUUCCAAAGCGAAGGAGAUCUUCUCCUCCUCCUCCUCCGACGAAGAGGGCCCCUCGGUGGCCGAGGAACCCCCCAAAGUCAAGGUCUCCAGCUUGCCUUUCAGCGUGGAGGCCCUCAUGGCCGACAGCAAGAGGACCCCCCGAGAGGCCAACCCCAGCGCCGCGGCGGCCGGAGCUAUGGCCUCGUCGGACGGAGCCGGCUUGGGCCCUUCCCGGCCGCCGCCGCCGCUGCUCUUGCCCGCUCACGUCGGCAGGGAAGCGGCGCCCAGCCCCGGCGGGCUCCCGAAAGCCUUCGAGACCUCGUCGGUCAAAUCCGAGACUUCCGAGGAAGGCUCCCCCUGGAUUCCCGAGGCCGGCAGAUACUCGCCUCCCCCGAGGCACCUGAGUCCUACGGCUUGUACGCUGAGAAAACACAAGACCAAUCGGAAGCCCCGGACGCCCUUCACCACUUCCCAGCUGCUGGCUUUGGAGCGCAAGUUUCGUCAGAAGCAAUACCUGUCCAUUGCUGAAAGGGCUGAGUUCUCAAGCUCGCUGAACCUCACAGAGACCCAAGUCAAAAUCUGGUUCCAGAACCGGAGAGCCAAGGCAAAGAGACUGCAGGAAGCAGAGCUGGAGAAGCUGAAAAUGGCCGCCAAGCCCAUGUUGCCUUCUGGCUUUAGCCUCCCUUUCCCCAUCAACUCCCCACUCCAGGCAGCCUCGCUGUACGGAGCAUCGUAUCCUUUCCACAGACCUGUGCUUCCCAUCCCACCUGUAGGACUCUAUGCUACUCCUGUUGGAUAUAGCAUGUACCACUUAUCCUAAGAAGACCAGGGAGCCACUGCAGAGAAAUGCAAUGAGGAACAUUCCGGUGGAUCUUGCACAACUCAAGAGUGCAGCACGAAACCAUUUACUGGUUGUUGUUUUUCUGCAUGCUUGUAGGUGCCUUAUCAAGUAUAUAGAAGUGUGAACUCAGAGCCUGUAUUCUGCAGGUUGGGGAGCCAGCCGAGUGUGUGAGCUCAGCACUCUCCUGAACCUGAUCCUGAGAGAAAGGUGGUGUUUUGGUUUUCUAAAAAGAUGCUUAAAAGAAUAUAGUGUUUGUUUAUAUACUGCACAUGGGAUGGGGGAGAAGGAAUCAAUCAUUAAAUCAUGUGUUUCCACAGCAUAUAGAGGUAAAUAUAUAUAUAUAUAUAGUGUACACUUUCCCCUAUGUACCCAGUGGAGUUUUUUUUUAAUUUUUGUUUUAAGGGAAUAAUUCACUUUCUUAGGUGAAGAACUUGCAGCCUGCUCCUGUGUUUGUUUACUCAGAAGUGAGCCCCUCUGUGUUCAGUGGUGCUUACUCCCAAUUUAGGCUGCACAUGUAGGGAUGCAGGAUGAAAUUUGUCGUUUGGCUGGGGAAGAUUAAACAAAUGUGCAAGUUUUAUUUAUAAACCCAAUGUCAGCACUAAAAGGGGACAUAAACAGAGGCAGAGUAGCCACCAUGCUGGUCUUCUGUUUUUCCUUACUGAGUGCUCCACUGCACUGCAGUCCUUAAACCAAGGUGUUUCAAAUGCAAAAUGAUGGAAGUAGAUUGGUGCUGGUGCGUUAGCCUGAUCCGACAAGGCAAUAUGUUAUCAUAAAGAACAAUACAGUCCUUUCUCACCGCAUACUAUGCUUCAUGUCAAGGAGCUCCACAGAAUGGGAUUGAUACAGAUCCAGUGGUUGUAAGGCCAGCAUCCAGAGGAUUCAUACCAUUUUGCUUACCCUUCUUUCUCUGUUCAUUUUUUCGGAGACAGGACUGUGUUUGUCCACAUCUUGUGGCAAAAGAGGUGAGCCCAAGAGGUUCGACAGAUCUUUGUUUGACUCUCAGUCUCCUGGUUUCCUUUUAAGAGUUGCCAUUUAUGCUCAUGGUUGUGUGUGCUACACUUUUUUUUGGAAUGAAUGAAAGAAGGAGGGGGAAUAGGAUAGAGGUAUGAAGAAAAGCCCUGUUGCUUUUCAGUCUGCGUGCAUGUGUAUAUGUUUGUGUGUACAUGUAUAUGCAAAAAGACGAUCAGAACCCAGCUGCAAAGUUGUUCUUAUUGCAAUAAUCUGUGCUUUAACCAUUAUUAACUUGUUUAAAAAGAAGAAUUCUGCUUAGGCCUUUUUUGAAUCACCCAUAGAUCCAGAAAACCAAACCAACCUAUGGGAACAAGCUAAUGCCAACUGUGCUAAAGGCAGGGCCAUCCUCUCUUUCUUUCUCUUAAUAUUUUUUUGGCGGGGCAGAGAAGACAGAGAGGGUCUACUUCUCUUUAGUGUACUUGGCGUUAAGUAAGCCACGGUUGUUCUCAUUAUUUUCAUUUUGUAUUAUUAUUAUUGUUAUUAUUGCUAAACUUUGUGGGAAGUUGUCUAUAGAGGAUGCAGGUUGCUGAAAAUAGGACUUCUCCAAGAUGCAUUUUAGCAUGUUAAGAAAAGACAGAGCAACAAGAUUUGUUUUCCAUUUGACUCGACCCAGGUUGUGUUGUGCCCAUUAGUUGCCCCUUAGUCCAGUUCUACCCUUUCCUCCCCCCAGCAUAUUAAAAUCCCUUUGAAAGGGAUGCCUUGUACAAUUUUAUAUAUUUUAUUGAAGAUUUAUUAUU